CGAAGGUGGGAUGGGAGGAAGUGGAGGAGGUGGAGGCGGAGGUGGGGGAGGAGGGGUUGGAGGAGGUGGUGGCCGUGGAGGAGGAGGAGGUGGAGGUGGGGAGGGUAACCUUGAUGGAGGAGAUGAACUGGACUAUGUGGAGAGUGAUGCCCCUCUCCUCUCGCAGUUUCACGAGGAUGCCAUACAGCAGGCCGGCACGGGGGCCUUCCAGUGGCUUCUGCUCAUGAUCACAGGCCUCGGUCUCGCGGCUGACACCAUCGAGCUCUUCGUCGUAGCGUAUGUGAUCCCGUCAGCCGAGGUGGAGCUUUGUAUGUCCGGGACUGACAAAGGCUGGCUCGCCGCCAUCACGUUCAUUGGCAUGAUGAUCGGGGCAAUGAUUUGGGGCAGCUUGAGCGACAACGUGGGGCGUCGGCGAGCGCUUCUGUCGGCGCUGUUUGUAAAUGCCUUGUUUGGGGUCAUGACAGCUUUCAUGCCCACCUACGGGAUCUUCAUGACGACCAGACUCUGUUCUGGCAUUGGAAUUGGCGGCGGGAUUCCAAUUGUGUUUGCCUAUUACUGUGAGUUUGUGACCCGGGCUGAGAGGGGGCGCCAUCUGUCGUGGCUGCUGGUGUUCUGGGCGGUGGGCGGCGUGUUCACGGCGUUGAUGGCGUGGGCGAUAAUUCCUAGGACUGGUAUCACAGUAGUUUUGGACGAGCAACACCACUUCAGCUCCUGGCGCGUUUUUCUCGUGGUGUGUUCCCUCCCUUCCUUUGCUGCUGUCAUCGGGCUGUACUUCAUGCCAGAGUCACCGCGGUUCUUGCUCGAAAAGGGUCGUGACGUUGAAGCCAUCAUGGUAUAUAAGAAAAUCUUCAAGUGGAACAACGCACAAAACCCAGGAGCCGAAUACCAGCUCACGGAACUGGAACUGCCGUCAGGAACCCAUCGUUCCCUGCGACACACACCUCCUCAGGGCGUCGGCAAGAAUUUCUUUUCCGACCUGUCUUACGGACUUGAUCAGUUCUGGGGCCUCUUCUUCCAGCUAUUCAUUCCCCCGUACCUCAAGUCAACAGUUCUGCUCCUUAUUGUGUGGUUCACCUGUGCUUUUGGGUUCUAUGGUCUGUCAGUCUGGUUCCCUGAAUACAUAAAACUUCUGCAAAGUGAAGAAUAUAACAAACAUGCUCAGACUACAGAUGGAAAGGCAUUCAUGGAUGAGAGAUUAGACAACAGCCUCUUCGACAACCGCGUUUUCAAUGACGUCAUCUUCAACAAUGUCACUUUCAAGGACGUUGUCAUGAAUCAUGUGAUUUUCCUGAACUGCACUUUCAUGGACUGUCUCUUCUCGAAUGUGCGGAGUAGCAAGAGCUUCUUCAAAUACUCCACGAUCGAAGAUUGCCUCUUCAUCGACACCGACCUAUAUGACUACCGAUUCAUAGACUGUGACAGAAGAAACAACAUAUUCCGUGCGGACGUGCCCGGCUGCAAGCUCGACUUCGACUAUAACAUCCACUACAAGGAAGUAUUUCAAGAGAACCUCAUCGGCCAGCUGACCAUCAUUCCCGGGACUCUGAUCACCUCCUUGCUCAUGGACAGGAUCGGUCGGGUCAAGAUCAUGAGUGUGUCCAUGUUUUUAUCUUCAAUAUCAGCUUUCUUCAUAUGGUUUUUAAACAGCAAGAUCGGCGUGAUUGUCUUCGAAGCUGUGUUCAAUUUCAUUUUCAUAUCUGGGUGGAAUGCUUUAGACAUAGCAUCUACCGAAGCCUUUCCAACUCAUAUCAGGACAACAGCAUAUGGGUUCCUAAGUGCUACGUCAAGGAUAGCGGGCGUUUUAGGGUCCCUGUGCUUCGGGCAGUUCAUCUACACAAGCCGGGCGAUUCCUAUGCUAACCACUUCAGUUGUCCUCCUUCUCGGUAGCAUUGUGUCCCUCAAGCUACCGGAGACUAGAGAUAACCUCUUGUAGGUUGAAAUGUAUUUUAAAAGAACUAUUUUUUAGGUUAAAUUUGUUAAAUGUUAAAAUGCAGGAAAUAAAACAUGAAAUGAAAAUGAUGUGAGAGAUGGUUAUUGUGAUAAGGAAAUUAUUUUUUAAAGAUUGAUUUUUUUCUUCCCUCUAGUCAAUAUUUUUUUUAAGGUACUUUUCAGUUUUCUGUCCACAGUGAAUGAAUUGUCAAAAGUGCUGAUGAGAACUUUGGUAAUGACAUUGUUAUAAUUGAAGUUCUGUAACACAGCUUUUGCCCUGUGAACAAGUUCAUCCCCAUUCACUCCUUUCUUUGCACAUACAUAUAAAUGUAUGUAUAUAUAUAUAUAUAUAUAUAUAUAUAUAUAUAUAUAUAUUAUUACACACACUCUCUUUCUCUCUCUCUCCCUUUCUUACCCUCAAACACCCCCUCAUACACGCACUUUCAUGCACACACACACACACACACACACACACACACACACACACACACACACACACACACACACUCACACACACACACACACUCACACAAACACACAUCCCACUAGUAUACAGCCAAAUGAAUAAUCAUGUGUUAGAUACUUAAUUUUGAAUUUCACAUGUUAUGAUUUUAUGUAAUGGAAGGUAGACUCCCAUUCAAAAGCGGAAAACUACUUAACAUUAAAUAAUUAUGUAUAUCUAGUUACAGAGUCGUAUAAUAUAUUUUCCGAAUAUCAGUUGCUGCUAGAGCCACUUGCAGCUGGUUUUAGUUUGAAUAUACUUUGCCUUUUAGAGCCUCGGUUGCUUUUUUUCUUAAAGACAAGAUGUACCUGUGUGAAUUUUGUCCUUAAUAAUUUUCGUUGAAAUAAAGGAAAGGGUUAAAGUGACAGUCGUAUAGUGUGGGAAUGUAUAAUACUUGCAUGCGUGAUAGAAGGUUUAUCAUGAAGCCAAGUCUUCGUAUAAGUUGAAAUAUGUGUUUUUUUCCCUUGUGUCGUUUUAGUAUGUCUUACUUAUUUAAAGUCUUGUUUUUAUCCCUCAUUUGUCACAUGCUAUUGUUUGCAUGAAUUAAAAAACAAACAAACUUAUUCUCACUCAUUUUGGUAAUCAUUCACUUCACAGAAAAAGGAAGGAAAAAAAAAAGUUCAAAACAUUAUCUCAUAUCUUACAUUCCUAAUAUGUUUGUAGAAUAAUUUAUUUACCAAUUACAUGAUACAUAAUACAUAAUACAUUUAUUAUUUCUUAUCCUCAUUUCAACCUUGAAAUAUUUCAUAACACAUUUUCAUAAUGAUUUUUAUGUUACUAAAUGCAGAAGGUAGAUCUGAGUAAAUAUUUUUAUUUUUGUUUAUUUUUUUCAUAUUUGAAGAGAGAAAAUUAACAAUCUCCCUUGAAUGAAAGUAACAUUUUGAGAUGUUUACUGUCAGUCAUAUCAUACUACUUAUAUGCUAACUUGGUAUUGAUAAUAUUCUGAUAUUUUAAAAAGUUCGAAUUACAAAUUUGUAUAUCUAUAUUACAAAAAAUGGGAAGUCUCGUGAACAGUUAACACUGAAUGAUCAGAUACGUUAACAGUAUCUUAACAUAGGAGUAUUAUAGUAUAUGACAGGCAUUUUGAAAGUAGAUAACAUGUAUAUACACAAUGAAUUCUUGCAACAUAUUUCAUAUUUUGUGAUGUAGUCCAAUUUAGAUCAACGGUUUAUAGGCUUUUUAUGUGGGAAAAGAAAGUAAAGAAAUAGAUGCUGGUGACAGAAUUUGAUUUUGGUAUUGGAUACGUUCUUGGUUAUAUAUAUAUGUUAUAUAUAUAUACAUAUACAUAUACACACAUUUUUUUCGUUUUUUUUUUCUAAUAGAGUUAUGCCACCGGAUUUUAAUUUUGGUCUAUCUAAUGGGAAUAUAAAUGUGUACUCCUGUUCUAUUUGUAUAUUUGUAUGUUAUCUAGUCAUUACCAAUUGCAAUAUUCUCUAAGAUUAGAAGAGUUGAAAGGGAUAUGAAAAUGGGACUUUAUAUAAUGAUUUCCCUCUGUGUAAUAAUUGAGAAGCAUUGAGAAAAGGCCCAUGUUACACAAGCUUUUAAAAAUCGCUAAAGAAGUCUUGUUCUGAACAUGAAACUUAUUCAAAUGAGCUUUGUAACUAACAUGUGAGAUCUUUUUUCCUUAGGAAAUUUCUAUUGUGCAGUGGUUUAACGAUAAAUAUCGAAAUCAUAGAUGUUCUUACAUCACAGAUAGGAUAUUAUAUAUAUAUCAAUGAUGAUGUGAUUCAGUGUACAUAUAUCUAUGAAUACUCACUCACCUACUAUACUCAAGUUGAGUUUUGUGUGGGUGAAGUUCCAGAUAUUUAAGGAUAUGUAAUGGAAAUUUUCUGAUUGAUGAAGUCAGUGUGAAGCUCCAGAUGAAGCAUGUUGUAUGAAAUGCUUCUGUUCGAUCUAAAUGCCAAGAUACGAGGAAUGUUAGGCUGUGUGACGAGACAGUGAGGGUUAAACUGCAAAGCUGGUUUUAUAUCUUGAUCUCUUUAAUGUGAAAUAAAAAGAUUCAGAAAAUGAACUUGUGUAUGUCUCUGGGCUGGGAUGAUUUUAACAUUCUGAUAGGAAAUGUUUUCUAAUCAAAAAGGAACUGAUUGAUGAUAUAGAUAACUGGUACAGUUGUAACUUCUGGUACAGUCUCGUAUGUCAUUUGUGGCUAACUCAUUUUGCUUUCUUUUAUAAAUUUUGAGAAUAGCUUUUACUUUUUUGGAAUAGACAAACUACACUUCUGUUGGUUCAGUCUGUUUAAUUUCAUUUAAUGGUUACAUAUCUAAAGGGUUCCCUUCUUAUAGUUAUGAAGGAUUUAGUGAAUAAACAUGGCGGGAACAAAUGCAGGAAAGUUAUGAGGGAGAAUAAACAUUUCCAUAACUGUGCCCAUGUAAUGGAAAUGAAAACAUAUAUUCUUGGAAGAUCUGUAAUUAAUUUAUAUAUCUUCCGAUGUGGAAUUGUUCAUUCAUCAUUCAUACCUUUUCUUCAUUUUCCAACAGUCAAGUCUGUUCAUAAAAGGGAAGUUUUAUUAACGAGAAAGACAACAGAGUGCAUUAAACAUCAGGUGCAUCUUGCUGUUCACAAAAACAAAAAAAAAAGAAAAAAACAAAGAAACCACUGAUAUCAUAUAAAUGGAAUAACAACAUAACAUUUCAAGGUCAUCGAGUGUUCUUCAAAUGACAAAGUAAAAAAUGAAGGGGUUGUAUUUUGCCUUUUACUCUCUGAUGAGGAAAUAUCAAUGAGUUUGAAACAGCACAUUCUUAUUCUGCUUAUGAUGUGAGAGUCUUUCUUUUCAUCUUUGUGUAUAAAAGCCAUGUUUGUGUUUGUUUUUGCUUUUUUUUUUUUUUUUUAAUUAGAUAUUUACUACAUAUUUCCCAAGGCUAUUGGCAGUGAACAUCAAUUGUAUUAUGUUGAGUUAAUUUUGUCUGUGUAUAAAAAGAGCAGCAUUGAAGGAAGAACUGUAGGACACGAUACCAAAAUGUCUUAAAAACAUUAAAUAUGUUGCAAAGUUGCAAUGGA